AUGGAUCGAUUAACUGUCCAAUUAUAUCUAAACAUUCUUCCUAAUUCGGUAAGAGGACCACCAUCUUAAUGUUUUUGUUUUUGUUUUGUGUCUGUGUGUAAUGUUGAGUCUUCUCAUCAAUGUAGAUGAUCCCAAAAGCUGCUGUUCCUCUAAUAAUGGAAGAAUAUAUCGGUAAUGCAACUGACCCACUCGAGAUUCGUGACAGAUUUCUGGAAUUAUGUGGUGACUUUGUGUUUGUUAUACCAUCUCUCCAGGUUGCACAGUAUCACAGAGGUAUAUGACACAAACUAGGGUCUGUCCUAAAGCGAACAAUGAAACGUCUCCAUAAUGUGUUUAAUUUGUUUAAUUUUUUUGGUGCUGCUGACCUAGAGCAUCAAGCUGGCACUAAAAUUACUCACCCCAAUAUACAGAGACUAAAAAAAAUCUACAUUUUUAUUCCUAGAUUCUGGCCACACAGUCUUUCUCUACCAGUUCCUGCAUCGUCCCUCAAUGUAUCAGAACACAAAACCAGAUUUUGUUAAAGCGGAUCAUGGAGAUGAGCUUCCUUCUGUGAUGGGUUCUCCUUUCCUGAUAAGCCCAGACUUUUUUAGGGGUAAGGUAUUCCAUUCAUAGGUCAGUGUGACUAGGCAGCUGGUGGCUUGCUCUGGAAACUGAUACUGAUCGUCUGUUUCUCCAGAAAACUAUCCAGGCUCUCUCAACCUACUGCUAUCACCAGACUAUUCUGAUGUUAAUGCUUAUCUUUUGACACUAAAGCCACUAGAAUCUGUUUUCUUUGCUAGGCCCUGUUACCUAUGAAGAAACCAUACUAAGCAGAACAAUGAUGCGGUAUUGGGCCAACUUUGCUCGAACUGGGUAAGGCUAUGAACUUUCUAUUUACUUACUGUAAUGAAUCCUGUUCUUGGAUGGUUGUUGUCAGUGGACUACUUGCCCACUUAAAUACUGUUAAUUUCCCCCUUCACUUGGCAAACCAGUGUCUAAACAUGAUUUUAAGCUCUAAUCUGUAAAUUGAAAUUGAUCAAAGUGCAGGGUAUAACAUGCAGUCUAGGGCAGCAAUUAAAAUUACCACAAUGAUUCAUCUUCACUUAAUUGACUCAAAGAUUCACUUGAUCUGACACUUGGGAUUUAUUUUUUAUUUUAAUUUUUUUUUAUUUCUCUACUUUCUCUACUGCAGUGAUCCCAAUGGACCAGGUCUUUCAGAGUGGCCAGAAUAUGAUCUAGAAGAGUAUUAUCUAGAGAUCAAUAUGAAACAAAAAGUAAAUAAAAAGUUAAAGGAAAACAGACUUGAAUUCUGGAGAGAGAUUCUAGCAGUCCAAACUUGGAGUGUGGCGGAGACAGAAUACCCAGAGCUGUAGAUUGAGAAAUAAAGACUUCUUAAAAAUUACUUUUUUGGUUGGCGUUUCUCUUCCCUUUCUCCCCUCUGGUUUAUGGUCUUGUUUAGGACUUAAAGGUAAUGCUAUCCAUAGAAAACGUUAACAUUGCUAAACUCCCCCUCCGCAGUAUCACUGUAGUUUGCAGUGAUAGCAGCCAAAGGGCUAUUUUGGCAAGUUCAUGCUAAACUUGCCUUAUUGAGUUUUAAACCAUUUUGUUACAGACAGCUACACUUUCUAAGUGGCUUUCAGCUCUACUGAAUUAUUUAUAUAUAUAAAUAUAAUUAUUUUUUUAACUUUGCUGGUCAAAGGUUUACAGGAUAAUUCAAAAUGUGACAGUGUAUACUAAAAGGGAGCUGUUUUGUCUGAAAGCAUGGACUCUGUCACAAGUGUUCAUUGUAACACUUUAUUAUCCAAAAGCCAGUGUUCAGAAAUGGGGAAACGCAUGAGCAGAUAAGGUUAAAGGGGUGCUAUAUAUGGGGGGGUGGCACAUAAUUGAAUUGGUCUUUUUCAAUCAGACCCAUUGCCACAGGUGUAUAAAAUCUAGUAUCUAGCCAUUCAGUCUGUCUACAAACCUUUUGGGAGAGGGUCAUUCUGAGGAGCUUGGUGAAUUUUAGCCGUUGCAAUAAUUACGUUUGUGAAGCUUAAUUCCUGUAAAUAUUCAACACUAAGUAGUAUUGGGCAGUGGAAGCGUUUAGAAACCGCAGAAACUCUGCAAGGAAGACUAAAGUCAGAGUGCUGAGGCGACGUGGUGCAUAAAAGUUGCCAACACUUAAACUCUUCAGUGAUGGAAUUGUCAACAUCUGCUGGCAUCAAUAUGAACACAAACUGUGCGGUGGAAGAUUCAUGGAAUGGCUUUACAUGGCCAAGUGGCUGCAUGCAAGCUUCACAUUACAAUUGCCAAGUGGUCUAUAGCAUGCCACCACUCUAGUCUGCAGUGGAAAUGUGUUGUGUGGAUCAACAAAUCAUGCUUCUGUUUGGUGGAUGCCAGGAGCAUGUUACCUGACUGCAAUAUACCAACUGUAAACUUUUGGAAGGAUAAUCGAUUGGGGCUGUACUUCAAAGGUUGUAAUAGCCCCUGACUUCCAGUGAAGGAAAAUUUUAAUGCUUCAGCAUACCAAAAAACAUUUUGGACAAUGCUGUGAUUCCAACAGGAUAGGAAGAAGAGAAUUUGUAAAUCAAGAGUAAUUUAUUCCCCGUCAUCCACCAGAGGGAGCAAGAAAUCUAAAGCUGCAGGAAAAAGUAAGAAGAAUUCACGUCAGGUUGCUGAAAUGGAGCAAGUACCGGUGAUUGAAGUUGGUGAACAAGCUGGCACCUCACAUACUGCACCUUCUGAUGGGACGGACAAUUCGACUGGUGAGAUAAACUCUGAGGUUUCUCUUGAAGCCAAGCUGGGAGAGGCCCUGGGGUUUUUAUUUCAGGCUAUUCAAUGUAAAGCUGGUAGUAUGGCUAGGUUCCAAGAUAGUUUGAAUUUGUCAAAUUACCUGCACCGGUUAGUUUGGUUAAUCGUUCUGACAAGAGCAGUACGCCUGUUAAUGAGUCUUGUUUGAAGGAAGCAUUGGCGUGCGAAGCUUCACCUCUUGGUUUUCAUUUAUCUAACUGCAUUAAAGAAACAAUAUGGAAUGAUGAAUAUAUCUAUAUUCUUUCUUUAUUGCCAGCCUCUAAGGAAUUUUUGUUAAGGCAAGAAAGAGAUGAGGACAGGAAACUGCCGGUACCCCGUUCCUUUAAUAAUUGGCUUCAGGCGUUUUCUAUUUUUGCUAGUGUGUAUUGUGAACGUCAUCCAGAUAAAGCUAGUGGUCUUUUUCAUCAUCUAGAAGCUAUAUUAGAGACUUUCAAAAAUUUUGGUGGAUUGGCUUGCUUCAACUAUGACAAAAUAUUUUGUCAGAAAUUAUCAGUGCAUAAGAAUUUGAAAUGGGGUAUGAAGGAUGUUAGUUCUUGGGUAAGUAUUAUGCUACCAAGCAGGAUUCCUCAGAAUCCAUAUAGACCACAGACUCAGGCGAGUGGGUUGAAAAUACGCCCCAAAGGUGUUUGUUGGUCUUUUAAUGAGUCGUAGUGUAAAUGGCUGAAUUCUUGCAGGUUCAGACAUGAAUGCAUUAAUUGUGCGGGGAGUCAUCCGUCCUUUCUCUGCUUUAAGAGGCAGGGUGCUACCGCUAGGGAGCAGAUUUCAAAGAGCAUGGAUCCCAGUGAAAGUACAAAAUCUGCUCCCUUAUUUAAAAUGCUAUCCAACCCAGCAGAUAGAACAGCUAAUUAAAGAAGGUUUUUUUUUUUUAUUUUUUUUUAGAAUUCCUGUUUGUAGUUCAGCAGUUCAGUUUGUUGGAAAUCUUAGUUCAGUCAAGUUGAAUACUAGUAUAGAUACAGAUAAGAUUGAUAGAGAAAUAACUUUAAGGAGAGUGGAAGGCCCAUUUUCAGUUCCGCCUUCUUUAUAUUUUAGGGUGUCUCCACUUGGUUUAGUUCCCAAGAAGGAGAGAGGUACCUAUAGACUAAUUCACCAUCUGUCUUACCCGAAGGGUACAUCGUUGAAUGAUGAGAUGGAUACCUCCAUUAUUUCUGUGUCUUACACAGAAGAGUAAUGCCAAAGGCUCAGGCUUUUUCUAGACAUAUGUCAAGAGCUAUAGCUGGUUUUAAAAAUCUGAAUCACCAUGUUAGAAUUUCUAGACAGAUUAAAGAAGAAUUACAUGUAUGGAAUGUUUUUUUAUGCAACUUUAAUGGUUCCACGAUUUGGCAAAGUGAUUUUGUAUCCAAUUGGGAUUUGGAUAUUUUCACGGAUGCAGCUGGUUCUCACGGCUUUGGUUUAUACUUUCAUGGUAGAUGGGCAGCAGCUGGUUGGCCCCAGUCAUGGGUUGAGAAUGGCUGGACAAGAUAGUCGUAGCCCUGGAGGUUUGGGGCUCUGAAUUAGCAAACAGUAGGAUUACUUUUCAUUGUGACAAUCUAGGGGUUGUUUGCGUAAUCAAUUCUCUUAGGGCAAAAUGUAACCUGGUGAUCAAUUUAUUGAGGCAAUUGGUUUUUAUUUGUUUGGUAAUUAAUAUAUGGGUAAAACGAAGCAUGUAGGUGGGAAAAGUAAUUGUAUAGCUGAUUCUUUGUCCCGUUUUGACUUCAAGUCUUUCAGACCCCUUGCACCUCUAGUGGACGAAGUUGGAACGAGGCUGCCAGAAUUACUGAGUUUAUCGUUAUCUGCAACCACUUUGGAAGCAUACUUGAAGGCGUGGGAAAAGUGGCAGCAUUUUAUGAUUAAUUUAAAUAGAGACACUACUGAUCCCACUAUACAGUAUGCAAUUCAAUAUGUUAUUACUAAAAUUCAGGCUGGUGUAUCCAAGUUUUCAUUUAAAAGAGCCCUUUUGGGCAUUUCUUUUUUCCUUAAAGUAUCGGGGGAAAAGUCUGUUUUUAAAGAAUUUGUCAUUCAGUAAAUGUUAAAAGGGGCAGGGUUAAAGAAAGCACCAGUCCCAGGUGACAGGUUCCCUAUCUCUUUUCAAUUAUUGGGUGAUUUGGUAAAUAAUUUGAGCUACGUUUGUAGAGAUACAUUUGAGACCCAACUUUUUACCACUGCUUUUAUUUUAGCAUUUUUUGGAGCUUUUAGAAUCAGCGAACUAGUUUCUGCUAACAAGUCUUGCCAUUCGGGCAUCCAGUUUAAGGACAUCCAUUUACAAGAUGGGUUUUUAAAAAUGUUAUUAAGAAGAUUAAAAACUGACCAGCAAGGGAAAGGUCAGUGGGUUCAGUUACAUCAUCAUCAACUGUAGAGCUGUUUUUCCACGCCCUCCCUCCCUAUAGUUCAAUUGUCGUCGUCUAUAAUUGGGGUUGAGGUCACCUGCCUAAUUUAAAGGGGGUAGGGGGAGCGUGGACAAGCUGAGUUUCGUUAUCAUUUUGUUUAGGUUCUGGCUAAUAGGGCGGAACUCUUGUGAGUUAUGUGUUAGAUCAAUGUAAAAAUAUUUGACCCUAUAACUUUCAAAAACGCUAUAAAACCUGUACAUGGGGUACUGUUAUACUCAGGAGACUUUGCUGAACACAAAUAUUAGUGUUUCAAAACAGUAAAAUGUAUUACAACAAUGAUAGCAUCAGUGAAAGUGCCGUUUGUGUGUGAAAAAUGCAAAAAAAGUCACUUUCACUGACGAUAUCAUCGUUGUAAUACGUUUUACUGUUUUGAAACACUAAUAUUUGUGUUCAGCGAAGUCUCCCGAGUAAAACAGUACCCCAAAACAGUACCCCCCAUGUACAGGCUUUAGGGUGUUGUAUAAAGUUACAGGGUUAAAUACAGUGCUAGCAAAUUAAAUUCUCUGGACCUUUGGCCUGGGUUGUCAGGCAGGUCCCUCAAAUUGCAAUCAAUAAAAUGACUUAAUUAUGUAAAAAUAUUACAUAAAUACGCACAGAGAAUUUAAAUAUACAUACAUGUUUAUAUAUUUGAAGUCUAUGUGUAUAUUUAUGAAAUUAUUUAUGUAAUUUUGUAUAUGGAUAUAUAUAUUUUUCGUAUUUAGAUUUAUUUAUAUAUACAUAGAUGUAUAUAUAAUUUCAUUCUAAGUGUAUUUUGAUAUAAAUAUAUAUAUAUAUUAAUAUCAAAAUACAGUUAGAAUAAAAUUUCAUAUAGAUAUAUUUUUAUUUUCAAUUUUUAUUAUUUUUAAGUUUUUAAAUUUAUUUUAAUUUACUUAUUUGAAUUUUAAUAAGACCGCAGAUGUUUGGUUCCGAAUUACAUGUUUUAAAGUAAAUACAUUACGUUAGCAUAAUUUGUAAACUAAAUAAAAGACCACAGCCUUUUCAGCACACAUCUGAGUCUGUGUUUCAUUAUUAUGUUUCUGUGCCUUAUUAUUUAAUGUAUUACUUGCUGUUAUUAUGUAUCAGUCUGAAUUAACCCCUGCUAAGCACAUGUGCUCACUGCACAUGGUCUAAGUACAUAUUCAGUGUAAUGGCUCAGGAUGACAAAAUGCUCGUUGUAAAAUUUGAAAUAAGACAAUCUAUCAUUUCACUUACCAGGAUCCCAUAUAUACAUGUCCUAUGUUUAUAAGACAGGGGUAGCAGAGAGGGUAAAUACAGCCCUGGCUUGGAGUUUUAUUUAAAUGAACUGCUUUACUAAAGAAGUUUAUAAACAAUAUGGCCCUGUAAGGCUGAGGGAAUUAUAAUGAUAUGAAAAUAUCUGUAUGUGAGUUGUAUGUAUGUGGUGGGAGUUGUAGGCUGUGUGACUGAAGGGCUGUAGGUGAGUGAUAGCUGCAUAUUUAUGUGUGUGAUGGGAGUUGUAGGUGUGUGUAAAAGCUGUAUAUUAAUGUGGGGUGUUAGUGAUGGGAGUUGUAGGUGUGUGAUAGCUGUAUAUUAAUGUGGGCUGUGAGUGAAAGGAGUUGUAAGUACUUGUGAUCAGGCCCGGACUAGCUAUCGAGCAAACUAAACAAAUGCUUGGUGGGCUGUGUUGGCCAUGGGCUGAGGCCGGCAGGGGAGAGCCUUUCAUCUCCCCUGCCAGCCCAUGCAGAGCCAGCCUUGCUGUGGGCCCUCUCAAAGAUCUCCCUCACAGGCCUCCUGACACUUAGCUCCAACCACGGCAACGCUCCCACACAGCACACAGUGCUUGCGAGAGGGGAAGAGAGUCAGCCUGAAGCUACUAGAUUCCAGGCUAAAAAGCCACCACUGGACCACCAGGGCUUGCAGCAUUAUGUUCCCCCUCACUGGAUAAAGGUAAGAAGGAUGGGGGGAUAUAAAGUUUUUUUGUUUUUUAAACAAAAAUAAUUUAAAAAUAUAUAUAUUAUCUAACAUCUCCCACCAUACAACCCGUAAACACACAGCACCCCUCCACACACAGCACCCCUAGACACACACUUUCUACAACCCCUACACAUGCUACGUCACCUAUACACACAUACACUGCAGUGCCUGUGCACCCAGUAACUGCAAAUGCUAUACACACACUAUGCCCACAUACACACACUAAGUCUCCUAUACAAACACUCACUACAGCCCUGAGGCAGACAUGUAAUACCACAAUCAAAACACAACUGAAAUUAAAACACAAAAAGACAACACCAUAAUCCAUUCACUUGACACACGCAAUCCCUCAAGAACCCUUCAAACACUCGUACACUUACAGUACUCUUUCCUAGCCCUUUUGUCCUCUGGAAGCCCACUUAAGCAGUCACCAGAGGCAAGUUACAAGUAGAUUCGCUUGUGCUGCGCAGGGCCUUUUUCUCAUGGGAGGGCUCUUUAACAGGGCUCUGCGCAUGGGGGCUCUGGAAGUGCAUUGUACCAAUACAUAGUUUGUCGAUGCCCCUGGGACACUGUGAUUAAAAAAAUGCCCUGUCCAAAUUUUCCCCUUGUGAUAAUGUAGCAGUAAUUGUUGAGGAUGUAUGUGUUCUGUUUCUUUACAUUUGGCCGUGUUUGCACUUUGUAUUGGGUCAGUAGUACAGUAUUUGCCCACAUAUAGUCAUAGAAGCUUGUAUUGUGUAAAAGGGCACUUCCUACCAUCCAACCCCAUGCCUUGACUUUGGUGCCUGAUAGUAUUCUGAGAUAUAAACAAGGCUGGGCUUGUAUGUGAUAGCUGUAUCUUGGUGGGCUCUGAGUGGUAGGAGUUGUAGGUGAUAGCUGUAUAUUGAUGUGAACUGUAAGUGAUAGGAGUUGUAGGUUAUAGCUGUAUAUUGGUGGGCUCUGAGUGAUAGUUGUAGGUUAUAGCUGUAUAUUGAUGUAAGCUGUGAGUGAUAGGAGUUGUAGGUGAUAGCUGUAUAUUGAUGUGAGCUGUGAGUGAUAUGAGUUGUAGGUUAUAGCUGCAUAUUGAUGUGAGUGAUAGGAGUUGUAGGUUAUAGCUGUAUAUUGAUGUGGGCUGUGAGUGAUAGGAGUUGUAGGUGAUAGCUGUAUAUUGAUGUGAGCUGUGAGUGAUAGGAGUUGUAGGUUAUAGCUGUAUAUUGAUGUGAGUGAUAGGAGUUGUAGGUGAUAGCUGUAUAUUGAUGUGAGCUGUGAGUGAUAGGAGUUGUAGGUGAUAGCUGUAUAUUGAUGUGGGCUGUAAGCGAUAGGAGUUGUAGGUAAUAGCUGUAUAUUGAUGUGAGCUGUGAGUGAUAGGAGUUGUAGGUUAUAGCUGUAUAUUGAUGUGAGUGAUAGGAGUUGUAGGUGAUAGCUGUAUAUUGAUGUGAGUGAUAGGAGUUGUAGGUGAUAGCUGUAUAUUGAUGUGAGCUGUGAGUGAUAGGAGUUGUAGGUGAUAGCUGUAUAUUGAUGUGGGCCGUAAGCGAUAGGAGUUGUAGGUAAUAGCUGUAUAUUGAUGUGAGCUGUGAGUGAUAGGAGUUGUAGGUUAUAGCUGUAUAUUGAUGUGAGUGAUAGGAGUUGUAGGUGAUAGCUGUAUAUUGAUGUGAGCUGUGAGUGAUAGGAGUUGUAGGUGAUAGCUGUAUAUUGAUGUGGGCCGUAAGCAAUAGGAGUUGUAGGUAAUAGCUGUAUAUUGAUGUAAGCUGUGAGUGAUAGGAGUUGUAGGUGAUAGCUGUAUAUUGGUGGGCUCUGAGUGAUAGGCGUUGUAGGUGAUGGUUGUAUAUUGAUGUGAGCUGUGAGUGAUAGGAGUUGUAGCUUAUAGCUGUAUAUUGAUGUGAGCUGUGAGUGAUAAUUUUAGGUGAUAUCUGUAUAUCGAUGUGAGCUGUGAGUGAUUGGAGUUGUAGAUGAUAGCUGUAUAUCGAUGUGAGCUGGGAGUGAUAGGAGUUGUAGGUGAUAUCUGUAUAUUGAUGUGGGCUGUAAGCGAUAGGAGUUGUAGGUGAUAGCUGUAUAUCGAUGUGGGCUGUGAGUCAUAGGAGUUAAAGGUUAUAGCUGUAUAUCGAUGUGAGUGAUAGGAGUUGUAGGUGAUAGCUGUAUAUCGAUGUGAGCUGUGAGUGAUAGGAGUUGUAGGUGAUAGCUGUAUAUUGAUGUGAGCUGUGAGUGAUAUGAGUUGUAGGUUAUAGCUGCAUAUUGAUGUGAGUGAUAGGAGUUGUAGGUUAUAGCUGUAUAUUGAUGUGGGCUGUGAGUGAUAGGAGUUGUAGGUGAUAGCUGUAUAUUGAUGUGAGCUGUGAGUGAUAGGAGUUGUAGGUUAUAGCUGUAUAUUGAUGUGAGUGAUAGGAGUUGUAGGUGAUAGCUGUAUAUUGAUGUGAGCUGUGAGUGAUAGGAGUUGUAGGUGAUAGCUGUAUAUUGAUGUGGGCUGUAAGCGAUAGGAGUUGUAGGUAAUAGCUGUAUAUUGAUGUGAGCUGUGAGUGAUAGGAGUUGUAGGUUACAGCUGUAUAUUGAUGUGAGUGAUAGGAGUUGUAGGUGAUAGCUGUAUAUUGAUGUGAGCUGUGAGUGAUAGGAGUUGUAGGUGAUAGCUGUAUAUUGAUGUGAGCUGUGAGUGAUAGGAGUUGUAGGUGAUAGCUGUAUAUUGAUGUGGGCCGUAAGCAAUAGGAGUUGUAGGUAAUAGCUGUAUAUUGAUGUAAGCUGUGAGUGAUAGGAGUUGUAGGUGAUAGCUGUAUAUUGGUGGGCUCUGAGUGAUAGGCGUUGUAGGUGAUGGUUGUAUAUUGAUGUGAGCUGUGAGUGAUAGGAGUUGUAGGUUAUAGCUGUAUAUUGAUGUGAGCUGUGAGUGAUAAUUUUAGGUGAUAUCUGUAUAUCGAUGUGAGCUGUGAGUGAUUGGAGUUGUAGAUGAUAGCUGUAUAUCGAUGUGAGCUGGGAGUGAUAGGAGUUGUAGGUGAUAUCUGUAUAUUGAUGUGGGCUGUAAGCGAUAGGAGUUGUAGGUGAUAGCUGUAUAUCGAUGUGGGCUGUGAGUCAUAGGAGUUAAAGGUUAUAGCUGUAUAUCGAUGUGAGUGAUAGGAGUUGUAGGUGAUAGCUGUAUAUCGAUGUGAGCUGUGAGUGAUAGGAGUUGUAGGUGAUAGCUGUAUAUUGAUGUGGGCUGUAAGCGAUAGGAGUUGUAGGUGAUAGCUGUAUAUCGAUGUGGGCUGUGAGUGAUAGGAGUUGUAGGUACUUGUGAUCAGGCCAGCACUGGCUAUCGAGCAAACCUGGCAAAUUCCCGGUGGGCCGAGAUGGCUAUGGGCCGAGGUCAGCAGAGGAGAGGCUUUCAUUCCCCUAUCGGCCCAUGCAGAACCAGCCUUGCUGUGGGACCUCUCAGGCGGGUGGGAAGAUCAAAGAGAAUCAGCCUGCAGCUACUGGACUGCAGGCUAAAGAGCCACCGCUGGACCACCAGGGCUUGCAGCAUUAUGUCCCCCCUCCCUGGAUAAAGUUCAGAAGGCUGGAGAGACCUAAAACUUUUUUUAUUUUUUUAUACAUAAAUAAUUAAAAAUAUAUAUAUAUUCUAACAUUACUUUCCACACACACAGGACCCCUAAACACACAGAACCCCUUUGGGAAGGAUUUUCCACAACCCGUUCGGUUGUCUCCACCCUUUGCUAUUUUAUUCACUGGAUUAUUUUAUUUUUCGUAGUUCGUGGGUUUUGAUAUGUAUAAAGUAUAUUUUAAAAAAUUGUGAAAUUGUUAACUUUUUCUGGCCAGCAGAUAGAGUUUAGUAUGUUCCCAAAACUCAAUUAUUUCGCUGGCUCAGAGGAGGAGUCUGAUGUUGUAUAAAUGGAAUGCCCUUGCUUCCAUUAAAUGAGUCUUGUUCCAGCAUUAAGCUUUGGCUCAUGUGUGGAUUAUUAUGCGACAGCAGCGAUAUUUUACUCUGUGGAUUAUUGGCAAUAUUGUUUUAUGGGAAUAAGGGAAUGCUUGAUGGUGAUACAUAUUCAGACCGUCACACAAUCACACAGCACCCCUUGCACACAUAACCCUUCACACACAAAACAACCCUCCACACAUACAGCACCCUUCAUACACACAGGACCCCUAGACACACACUCUCCACAACCCCUACACAUUCUACGUCACCUAUACACACAUACACUGCAGUGCCUGUGUACCCAAUAGCUGCAUCCCCUACACACACUAUGCCCAUAUACACACACUAAGGCUCCUAUACAAACACUCACUACAGCCCUGAGGCAGACAUAUAAUACCCCAAACAAUACACAACUGAAACUAAAACACAAAAACACCACACAUAAUCACUUCAUAAUCACUGUUUCUUUACUUGUUCCCGUGUUUGCACUUUGCACUGGGUCACACACAUCAUCCCUCUGCACACCUCCACACACAGCACCCCUCCACACACACAGCACCCCUCACCACACGGCAUUCCUCCACACACAGCACCCCUCACCACACGGCAUUCCUCCACACACAGCACCCCUCACCACACAGCAUUCCUCCACACACACACACAGCACCCCUCACCACACGGCAUUCCUCCCCACACACAGCACCCUUCACACACUGCACCUCUCACCACACAGCACCCCCCUCCACACACAGCACCCAUCACACACACAGCACCCCUCACCACACACAACAUUCCUCCACACACACAGCACCCAUUACCACACAUAAUUCCUCCACACACAGCACCCCUCACCACACAGCAUUCAUCCACACACACAGCAUUCCUCCACACACACAGCACCCCUCCACACACAGCACCCCUCCACACACACAGCACCCAUCACACACACCCUCACCACACACAGCAUUCCUCCACACACAGCACCCCUCACCCACACAGCAUUCCUCCACACACACACACACAGCACCCCUCACACACGUGCAUUCCCUCCACACAGCACCCUUCACACACUGCCUCUCACCACACAGCACACCCCUCCACACACAGCACCCAUCACACACACAGCACCCCUCACCACACACACACAUUCCUCCACACACACAGCACCCAUUACCACACAGAAUUCCUCCACACACAGCACCCUCACCACACAGUAUUCAUCCACACACACAGCAGCAUUCCUCCACACACACAGCACCCCUCCACACACACAGCACCCUCCACACACACAGCACCCAUCACAAACACAGCACCCCUCACCACACAGCAUUCCUCCACACACACAGCAUUCCUCCCCACACCACCCCUCACCAAACACUGCAUCCCUCCACACACAGCACCUCUUACCACAUAACAUUCCUCCACAAACGGCACCCGUCACACAUACAGUACCCCUUACCACACAGCAUUCCUCCACCCACACAGCACCUCUCCACACACAAAGCACCCCUCACCACACGGCAUUCCUCCCCACACACAGCACCCCUCACCACACACUGCAUCCCUCCACACACAGCACCUCUUACCACACAACAUUCCUCCACACACAGUACCCGUCACACAUACAGUACCCCUUGCCACACAGCAUUCCUCCACCCACACAGCACCUCUCCACACACAAAGCACCCCUCACCACACGGCAUUCCUCCCCACACACAGCACCCGUCACACACAGCACCCCUCACCACACACUGCAUCCCUCCACACACAGCACCUCUUAUCACACAACAUUCCUCCACACACAGCACCCGUUACACAUACAGUACCCCUUACCACACAGCAUUCCUCCACCCACACAGCACCCAUCCACACACAAAGCACCCCUCACCACACAGCAUUCCUCCACACACACAGCACUCGUCACACACAGCAACCCUCCACACACACAGCACCCCUCACCACACAGCAUUCAUCCACACACACUGCAUCCUUUCACACACACAGCAACCCUCCACACACACAGCACCCCUCACCACACAGCAACCCUCCACAUGCACAGCACCCAUCACAACACAACAUUCCUCCACACACAGCACCCCUUACCACACAACAUUCCUCCACACACAGCAACUCUCCACACACACACAGCACCCCUCACCACACAGCAUUCCUCCACACACAGCACCCUUCACCAUACAGCAUUCCUCCACACACAGCACCCCUCCACACACACAGCACCCCUCACUGCACAACAUUCCUCCACACACACAGCACCCCUUCACACACACAGCACCCCUCACCACACAGCAUUCCUCCACACACACAGCACCCCUCAACACACAGCAUUCCUCCACACACACACAGCACCCAUCACACACAGCAUUCCUCCACACACACUGCAUCCCUAAACACACACUACGUCACCUAUACACACAUAUAUACUGCAACGCCUGCAUUGGGUCAGUAGUACAGUAUUUGCCCACAUAUAGUCAUAGAAGCUUGUAUUGUGUGAAAGGGCACUUCCUACCAUCCAAUCCCAUGCCUUCACCUGAUAGUAUUCUGAGAUAUAAACAAGGCUGGGCUUGUUGUUGCUUCACUGUGAUUUGUAAGAGUGAUCUGUUAGUUCCUGGGCUGGAAACAUUCUUCCUCAUUCAGUGAAAGCGUUCGGUCUGUGAUCCAUUCCUGAAGAUGGGAUGCCUGGUCAGAAUCCUCCUGCUGUGCUGUGUGACCUGGGCAGCCCAGGGAACAGGUGAGACUUUGUAACACGAUUCACAUACACAACAUUCUGAGGGUUAACACUUUAAGAUCCAGAAGAACCGCAUGGAUCAGAGGUUAACCCUUUGUGUGCUAGGUGUGUGCAAAGCAAUUAGGUGGGUUCAUAUGUAUUGUUUUUAAAGAUAUAUUAUUACAGAUAGGUAGAUAUGGUUGAAUUGUUUUUGCAUGAGUUUCCUAAUUCCCUGUAUAGUUUUUCAGUUCACCACAUGCAGAUACUCUAUAUGAGAACCAGUAGUAGUCCAAAAGGAUUAACACACUAGCAGCUUAUUUUAGAGUGCAAGUUCUUUGGGCUAGACAGUAUUAUUUCCUAGUAAAAGCAAUGUUGUCAUACAAUGGUUAAUGUGUGUAUGCAUUAUUAAACAGUUCAAUACAUUCUGUAAACUGAACUUUAUUCUACGUUCACACAUGGAAAGAAUUGUCCAUUUAUAAUUACUGGAUCAGCAGAUAUUUUGCUGCAGAAUUAUUUAGGCAACUUCUAAAAUCCCUUUAAAACCCCUCUCUCCAGCACCAAAGUGACAGUAAUAAGGUCCAAAACUGAACCCAGUAUGCAUAUUAUUCAGAAGGAGUGGGGCGUGUUAGUAAGUAACUGUUUGCACACAGAGUUAAAUACCAGCGAGCUUUGACCUAAGUCUACAAUGUAAUAUAUCUGUUUAUAAUCUAAACUCGGGGUCAAAUCGAAAUGUCCUGCAAAGGUUUCUGGGACUUAUUUUAGCAUUAUUGCAUUAUAGGGCUGAUGCAGGUUAAACUUGCAGGCAGAGUGAAACAGGAGGACCAUUAUUAUGAGGAUGAUUUAUUUAUGUUACAUUUAUUUUUUCUUUACAAACAGGGUAGAAGGGGAAGAUUUGAGUGAUCAAGUACUGUUCUGGGGCAAAAUGCUAAAUGUCAAGAAAUGUUUGUUCUUGUUUUUGUUUCCACACCGAUUGUUGCAUAUUUAGCUCUUUACCCCAGAUUAGUAGCUGUUUUUUUUUUGUCUCCCCUUGUGUGCGCCCCUGUAGUCGGCAUUUCUCUACCACUUGGAGAUCAAUAAAUAAAUAAUACAAUAUAUUAAGACUGCUAUUUUUUUGCUGCAGAGUCUUGACUUAAAGGAACACUCCAGUCACCAUAUUAAGUAAAUCAAAAUGAAGUUGUUAUGGUCCCAGAGGCCCCCAGGCAUUUUCUUACCUUCAUGGGUUAAACCAUUCUUGAACAAUGUUACUCCAAAGGCAGAAUCUGGCUUUGGAAAUUGAGUUUCAGGAAGCGCAGAGUGCCGCUGGGGACGGUCGCCACUGAUUGGCUCAGAGCGUCAACUGUCUGCUCUAGCCUAUCAGUGGUGUCCCUGCCCAGUGGCACUCCGUGCUUCCUGAAACUCAAGCCAGAGGCAGCUUUUGGGGUUAAACUGUUCACAAACUGUUUAACCUUUUAUGGUAGGAAAGCCCCUGGGGGCCUCCUGGUACCAUAACAUUUUCAUUUAGAUGAGGUUGUUAUGGUGACCGUUGUGUUCCUUUCAUUUUAAGGAUAACAUGAAUAUUCAAUAUUUUCAGGUGAAGAGGAUUCAAGGCCGUUGUUGGAGACAAAAUAUGGAAAACUUCUGGGGAAAACGAAUGUUGUGAAAGGGACAGAUCGGAGCGUACACGCGUUUCUGGGAAUCCCCUUUGCGAAGCCUCCGGUUGGCGAGUUAAGAUUUGCUCCCCCACAGCCACCUCUGCCUUGGAACUCUGUCAGGGAUGCAACUAAUCAUCCACCCAUGUAGGUUUUGUGCAGCGCACUGUAGUAACGUUUAUCUAUUGUAGGACUUUGUAUUUGAGUUUUUUUUUACUGUUUUAUGUUUCUACAUUUCAAAGCAUUUUACAAAGCUGAGGAUGCAUUAAACGCAUUGCUGUAAAAAUACAGAGAGUAGUUUAAGUACAUAGAGCAGUAUCAUUACACUGAUAUUCUUAAAGGUUUACUUCAAGCACCAUGACCACUUUCAGUGAGUUGUAGUGGUCCUGGCGCCUGGAUAAUUGACUUUGAAACUCUGCACAUGCACGUUUAACCUUUUUGUUGUCAGAGGUGUAAUUCCAUCUCUGUACAUUUUUUAUGCAUAGUGUGCAAUUCAUUGACUGAGAAGGUUAGCUGACAAUAUCACCCAAUCAAUUGAAACAGGAUCAGUUUCGAGCUCUGCUGUAGGUGCAUCAACAGAGCAGCAAUUAGCCUUUGAACCCAGCAGGUACCCAGGUAAGAGGACAAACAGUUUUCUCCAUUACCGGGUGAAUUGGACUAGAGUACUCAUGGCGUCAUAACCAAUACAAAGAUGCUUGGAGUAACCCUUUUCAUGCUGUUACUCCAAGCACCAGGACAACUUCAGCAUUUUAAACAAAUGGGUGGCAGGACCAGCACAGUCAUCCAGCAGGAGCCUGGUAUAUUGUUAAACCAUGGUACCAUGAUGCUUGGAGUGUUCCUUUAAGGGCUGUCCACAUUAGUUAACAUGUACCCGUGCUCAAGUUGUGGACUGUUACCACCUGUAUUGUAAGGAUUAUAAUUUCUAUUAUCCACAAAAGUCACCGAGCUUCUACCCGAAGCCGUUGCUUAUUGAGCAGAUAUGCCACCUUGGAGGGGAGGUGGGGUGGGGGUCACAGGUCUUUGCAAAGACCAUUAAAGUGCCAUUGCUGCUUUAAUACAAAAUCUUGUAUUGCUGUAGACUUGUUGUUCGCUAAAACAUUUACACAGAACAUGUCUAUAGAAACCGUGUUAGUGCCCAGAGGCAGUGGGUGUUGGAUGCAAUGUUUGUGGUCUAUUACUAUACAUCACUGUUCUGUUUAUAUAAGGUAGGUAACAAGACAAGGUCAUAAAAGGAAUGAAAGAUGUUUAUAUCUUACUGUUUGACACAGGUAAAGAUAUUCAACAUGCGUGAAGGUGUUAUUCAUAAAUGGGACACUAUAAGCACACAGUCCACUUCAUUUCAUUGAAGGGGUCUGAGUGAAGUGCACCUGUCCCCUUAGAGGAACACACUAGGAUACUCCUAACACUACAGUUUCCAUCUGCCUAUAACUGACCUCCCCUGGCCAUGAAAUGGAUAAAAAUAAAUAAAUAUUAUUUUACUUACCUGAUUCCAGUACUUAGGUCACACAUUGCUGAAUUGGACUUCUCUUCAUGCAACGUCAUGCAUGGUGCAUUAGACCUUCCCAUAGGAUAGCAUUGACACAGUCAUUUAAUUUUGUCCAUAAAUGGGAAACUCCCAAAUCAAUUGGUUGAGUGAAUGGUCCUGGAAAUGAGUAUACUAUGGGAUGUCAUUUGGCCGUAUAAUUUGGUUGUGCAACUAACAAUUUUAAAACUUUAUUUCUAAAAUAGAAUGAUUUUGGUUUUGUUCUGCAGGUGUUUACAAAAUCCGGCUGCCAUGGAAUUACUUAAUGAGUUUUUUAAAGGCGCUUUUCGCUUCCCCCCUAUUUCUGAGGACUGUUUAAUGCUUAAUGUUUUCACACCAGCCGAUCGAGGACAGGACGCCCGGCUUCCAGUGAGUAUUCAGUUAUAAAAACCACAAUGCAUAGCAAAUGUGUGAUUUUACUGGCCCAUCUCCAACCAGUAAGAAGUGUGGGAACUCGGUUCCCUCUGGAAAUAUAGCGAGAGAUCUAUGUUCCCAUGGGUUCCCAAUGCACUAGAACCCAUUUACUGAAUUUAAAAAAAAUACAUUUUUAUCUGUCAUGUAUAACAUGACAGGUGCCCUUUAAAACACUAUUGGGGUUAUUUACUAAACCAGAAAUUGAGAAGAAUUUGACAAAAGUUAAUGUAAUUUUAUUGCCCCAAAAAAGUAUGAAUUUUUUGCAUUUCAUCUAUUUUAUCCUACAGUUCGCAGCUCCCUGACCAAUUCUACAGUUUCUAAUUUGGUCAAUAACUUCAAUUAAUAGAACAGAGCACUUAGAAUCUGGCCUGGAACUGUGUGCCUCCAUCUUUACAGUUAUACGCUUUGUCAGUCACCGUAGGGUGUGGAGAAGGAGAAAUAGAAACAUUGUUUCUUUUCAUCCAAAGCAACGUGUGCCUUGGUUAUGCCUUGAUUGAACUGGAUUAUUACUGUAUGUUAAUAUACAUUUAAAUGAAAACUGCAUCACAAGAGAAGAUAAAAGCUAACACAAGUUAUAGGUAAAUUUUUAUUGUUUGAUUAAUUUGUUCCUUUUCCAUAAAAGUGAUGGAAGGCGGAUAUAAAUUCCAAGAAAAUCUCCGUGAACUACCUCUAUAGUUGACCCUCUUUUUUUAGUGCCUUGUGUGGAUAAUAAAUAUAUAGAUAAUGUUGCAAAGGAAGCUCUAAUCAGAAUCCUUAAUUAACAACCAUUCAUUAUUUUCUCCCUUGAUUUAUCUCCUGCCCAGGUUAUGGUGUUUAUUCAUGGAGGGGGACUUACGAUGGGAGGAGCUUCCAUGUUUGAAGGAUCUGCAAUGUCUGCCCACGAGAAUGUAGUAUUGGUGAUAAUUCAGUACAGACUGGGAUUGCUGGGAUUUUUAAGGUAACUUAUUACACCCAUGUGUCAUAUCCAGUGUAUACCCAUGCACAAAGAUGGCAGAAUCCCCCCUGCCACCCAAAAAAAAAUAAUUAUAUAUAUAGUAAAAACAGGGGUAAUUCACAGCAUGUAAAUGUCUGCCCACGAGAAUGUAGUUUUGGUGGUAAUACAGCACAGACUGGGAUUGCUGGGAUUUUUAAGGUAAUUUAUUACACCCAUGUGUCAUAUCCAGUGUAUACCCAUGCACAAAGAUGGCAGAAUCCCCCCACCCCCCAAAAAAAAAAAUUAUAUACAUAGUAAAAACAGGGGUAAUUCACAGCAUGUAAAAGCCUAAUCACCAAAAUCUGGGGUCUCUCUUUUUCUGUAAAGGGUAGUAUAAUACAGAAGGGUUGAGAUACCCGUAGGAGAUAUAUGUAACAACAAGAAGAAAGGUAACGGAAACUGAUAGUGUAACAUGUUAGAAUCUCCUGAUAAAAUGGAGGCAGUGUGCACUCACACUUUUAGAGAGCUUAGAUUCAGCUCCAACUUGAACGCUACACCCUUCUGUUAUAUAAACAAUUAUUUUUUAUAAAACAACUUUCAGUUAAUACUGGCCCUCUCGUUACAUAAUUACAUAGUUACAUAGCUGAAAAGAGACUUGCGUCCAUCAAGUUCAGCCUUCCUCACAUUUGUUUUUUGCUGUUGAUCCAAAAGAAGGCAAAAAACCCAGUUUGAAGCACAAUUUUGCAACAAGCUAGGAAAAAAAUUCCUUCUUAACCCCAGAAUGGCAGUCAGAUUUAUCCUUGGAUCAAGCAGUUAUUGCCCUACAUUGAAAGAUUAUAUCCUUGAAUAUUCUGUUUUUGCAAGUAUGCAUCUAGUAGCUGUUUGAACAUCUGUAUGGACUCUGAUAAAACCACAGUUCAAAAGGCAGUGCAUUGACCUCACCAAAUCGUCCUCUGAAUUGAGUUAGUGAUAAAUAAACUAAUUCUUAUACUUUGCUGUAAGUUAUUCCAGUAAAAUUAGCUGAAUUCCAUUGCAAAUUAAAUCCCCAAAUAUGCAUAACUGACCGAGUUUGCAAAUUGUUGCCAUAUUUUUUAUCGUAAAUGUUCUCGUUUCAGAAUAAAUUGGUCAUAUUGAGUUUUUGAGCACAAAACAUGUACUGGCUGCAGCAUUAUUUUUUUAUUACAUACCCAUAAUUGAAUUUAGUUUGUUUUUGAAUCUAUUAUUUUGAUAUUUUUACACAAUUCUAAUAAAUGAUCACUGAUAUGGCCACAAGCACGUAACCCACACUGCGAACUGAAAUAAAGCCUUGAGAUUGAGGGAAGAGCAGCACAGAAAGUGAGAUGAUAAAUAUGUUGAUAUUGAUGAUGUAAUUCUAUCCUGCUCUAUAUUACUGACACUAUAUAAUAGCCAUGUACAUAGCGGAUUGGAGAUUUAACUGGAAUACACCGGGAUACACUGUAUCUGUAAACCUCCCUUCCUCCUUGUUCUAUCUCAGUACCGGUGAUGAUGAAGCACCUGGCAACUAUGGGUUUUUGGAUCAGGUUGCAGCUCUUCAGUGGGUCCAGGACAACAUUGAGAAUUUCGGAGGGGACCCAAAGUCUGUCACCAUAUUUGGGGAAUCUGCAGGGGGUGUGAGUGUUGCUGCUCAGGUAAGGUCCUCUUGGUAUUUUGUCUCUCUUUACCAUGGCACUACUGAAACUACAACAAUGGUUUUCAUAUGGAGACACCUGUCUCCUAUUUCAUUGGCUUUUGAUCUUCCAUUCCUAUAUUUCAUCCUUGAUAGCCUACCAAAUACCUUCAUACCCACCACAUUCUGUCCAUUAAGGGUUUCAUAUUGAACAACCACCACUGAAACUUCAAGACCAAAAUCGUCAUGGCUUACUUGAUCUAUAGAGUGUCCUACCACUCUUGUUUUAAGCAUCAACCCUCUAACUGAUUAAUGCUUUGAUUAAUUAUCUGUAUAUUCUAAAACUGCUGAUUAUAUACAUCAUUCAACUCUUCUGUAACCAUUCCUCUCUCUCUUGUCUUUGUGCCAUUUCCAGGUUUUGUCUCCUUUGUCCAAGGGUUUGUUCCACAGAGCCAUCGCAGAGAGUGGAAGUGCUCUAUUACCCUCCCUCAUGGCAACCACAUCUGAGGAGAUCAAGUUUCUUUUAAAUGUAAGUGAACAUGAUCUGUGUCUGUGGGGAAGGAGACAAUGUACCGGGAGUGUCUGGCUGGCAUACUUGGUGCCAUAUUAGAGGGAGGAUAAGUGAAGUAGAAAAAGAUAUUUAACUUUCAGUUAUCCAGUACUGUUGGCGAGUAAAAAAGUUCUUGUAAUUUCAAACUCCCAUGGAGGUAGGUGGUAUAAGUGUGUGUGUGUGUGUAUAUAUAUAUAUAUAUAUAUAUAUAUUGUAUAUAUACACAUAUCUAUUGUAUGUUCUAUGAGCAUUCCAUGACUGCUGUUGUUGGACUCUGAUUCCAAUAGACAAAGCAGCAGAUAACGUGAACUAGGAUGCAAGUUGCGAGGUGGAGCCUUCAUGGAUCAGAAUUGUUCCACCAGAUCCCACAGAUGCUCAAUUAGAUUUAAAUCUGGGGAAUUUGGAGAUCAAGGCAACACCUUGAACCUUGUCAUGUUCCUCAAACGGUUCCUGAACAAUUUUCACAGGGUGCAUUAUCCUGGUGAAAGAGGCCACUGCCAUGAGGGAACACCAUUGCCAUGAAGCAGUGUAUGUGGUCGGCAACAUUCUAUAGUAGGUGGUAUGCGUCAAAGUAACAUCCACAUGAAUACUAGGAUCCAAUGUUUUUCCAGCAGAAUAUUGCCCAGAACAUAACACUGCCGACGCCGGCCUACCUUCUUCCCUUAGUGCAUCCUGCUGCCAUAUCUUUCCCAGGUAGUGACGCACCUGAUCUAAAAGAAAAAGUGAUUCAUCAGACCAUGGCAACCUUCUUUCAGGGCUCCAUGGUCCAGUUCUGAUGCUCACUUCUGAUGCCUGGACAGGAGUCAUCAUGGGCACUCUGACCGGUUUUCAGCUAUGCAGCACCACAUGCAGCAAAUUGUGAUGCACUGUGUGUUCUUACAUUUCCUAUCAUUGCCCUCAUUAACUCAUUAAAAUUUCCAGCAAUUUGAGGCACUACAGUAGCUCUUCUAUGUGACUGGACCAGACAACUAGCUUUGUUUCCCAUCAAUGAGCCUUGUGCGCUCCAGACCCUGAUGCCGGUUCACCAGGUGUCCUUCCUUGCACCACUUAGGGUAGGUACUAACCAUUGCAUACCAGGAACACCACCCAAGACUUGCUGUUUUUGGAGAUGCUCUGACCCUGUAGUGUAGGGGGCUGUCUGACAACCGAGGCAGUCCCCCUGCAGCCAAUCCCGCCCAUCCGUGUUAUGUGAUCGUGAUGAUAGUGCAAUCACAUGACCAUAAAACCUGUACAUCAAGCAUGUCAAGCUCAAAGUCUAGGACGGCCCAAAUAAACAAGGUUUAAGUUAAUGUGGGCCGCAAAAAUAUUUAAAAAAAUUAUAAAUUUUCAUAGAAACGUAGGUUUAUUUUGAAAAGUACAGUAUAAAAAAGCCCCCAGACUACUAAACCACAGCACCUCCAUCUACUAAAUCCCACUCACCCCCUCUAAUAAAUCCCAGUCGCCCCCAUAUACCAAAUCCCAGUCCCCCCUCUACUAAAUCCCAGCACCCACAUCUAGCCAACAAGCAGACUCCACUCACAUUGCCGCUGCCAGUAUGUGUCUCCGGAGUCCGGCCUCUGGUUUACACCAAAUGGCGCCAUCUGCCCCCUGUGCCAAAAAAGAUCCUCAUGCUACUUCUUGAAACCCUUUGAAGGUGGAGCACGUCCACGUUACUUUGAAAUGUGACGUGGCAUUGUGUGCCCCAUGCACCUCCAGGUCCUCCACUCUCAAGCCGCGGCCAUUGCAACACUGACUGACACACACACUGACUGACACACACACUCACUGACACACUCACUGACACACACACAGACUCACAUACACACACUCACUGACACACCCAGACUGACACACAUACACAGACAGACACACACAUGCUCACCGACAGACACACACACUCACACUCACUGACAAACAUACAUACACACACUGACAGACAGACACACACUCACUGACAGACAGACACACACUCACUGACAAACAGACAGACACACACACUUACUGACUCGCAGACAGACACAGACUCACACACUGACAGACACAGACUCACUGACACACACACAUUUACAUAUUCUUGCACACACUCUCAUCAUUAUAUUUAUCCCUGGGGUCCAGUGGGGAUCUUCUAUCUGGAAAUCUCCUUCCUGCUACUCACUGCACCCUCAUGCGCGCAGUUUAAUGGUGCCGGAAAAUGACAUAUUCCGGCACCCGGCAUCACUACAGACCGUGCGUGCGAGGGAGAAGUGAGGAGCAGGAAGACUGAGCUCCUCCAGCGACCGCUCCUUCCGGCCGGGUAAAUUUUAGCAGAGUAGAUACCUGCAAUGUGGACAAAGCAGGUGCCCACUCUGCUUUAACACUAAGCAUUGUGUCCAUUGUGGGCCGUGUGUUUGAUAUGCUUGUUGUACAUGGAGGGCAUCGUUGUACUUGUGAGACAUCACCGCAUACAAAUAUGUGUGUUUUCUUGCAGUAAAAGCUAACAGUAUUUUAACAUUCACAGUUAAAAUACCAUGAAAAACUAAAUUUAAUAUUAAUAAAAUUUUAAAAAGUGUGAGAAAUUAUGUUUCAUAUAUAAAUAUUUGAUGUAUUUAAUCAUCAAUGUCAAUUUUAACAUUCACAGUUAAAAUACCAUGAAAAACUAAAUUUAAUAUUAAUAAAAUUUUAAAAAGUGUGAGAAAUUAUGUUUCAUAUAUAAAUAUUUGAUGUAUUUAAUCAUCAAUGUCAAUGAGUAUAAAUAUUUAAUUGACAUGAAAGCCCUGUGUCACGAUUCGGGGAACCCAACACGCUGGCACACACACACACACAGAAAAGGUGCCGUACCGGACCUUAGAGUGGCCGGGCUAAGCACGCUAAGAAUAGUCAGGAGACAAGCCAAGUAAAGGGAGCCAGAAAACGGGAGAACGAGAAACAAGCCGAGGUCAAAGGAGUGGAGAAGACAGGAUAAUCGGAAUAACGAGCCAAAUAAUCAGUAACCAGAGAGCAACACAAGAACACUACGCUACAGGUAUCACAAGACCACAACAGGGCACUGAGGGACAGGAAAAGUAAGUAUAAAUACCCUUGGUUUAAUUCUAAUUGGAUAACUUCCAAUCAGAAUUAACAAUCACACGUGGGGGAUAUCUAUACCUCCCACUGUGAUUGUGGUACUGUUCCUUUAACGCCGGGUCACUCACGUGACCCCGGCGUUUACAUAGUUCAGUGACCUCCCAGCGUGCAGCGUUAUACAUGCUGCCACUGGGGGGCGUGGAGGACGCGGGCGGCGAGCGGCAGAGAGGAGACGCCGCUCGACUGACAGGUAAGCAGAGGGGAGACCGCGGGAGGCGUUGGACUGAGGGUGAGUGCUGCUGUUUUAGCAAAGUCUAAUUAUUUUCAAGCAACAUUUUAAUAGGGAUGUUAAGAAGGUUGAUUUGGGUAAUUUGAUGGACCAACUUGCUUUAUAGUUUGUGAUCUAAUUGCUCAAAACAAGUUUCACAAUAAAGGAAAAAGACACACAUUUCAAGGCAGUGUUCACAAAGUAAGAGAUAUGAAAUAUGUACAGGGUCUGCUCCUUUUAUAUAAAAUACAAAUGCCUAGCGAAGCACUGCAAUGUAAGUGUUAGAAUAGAUACACAGAUUUGUAGAUUAUAUUGUUCAUUGAUUAUCCCAGUCCUGCCCGACUCAAGAAAUGGCGAUGGACAUGGCAUGGCUCGAUGUCUAGUGUAAGUUAUUUAGCGAGAGACCGCUUCAAUGGCUCAUUAGGAUAUAGAGUGACUAACAUUUAUAAUGGGAAAAUAUACAAUAUAUAUUGAGUAAAGCUUGACAUACAAGGGCUGUCACUUAAAGGAACACUAUAGGGUCAGGAACACAAAAGUAUAUUUCUCACCCUAUAGUGUUAGAACUGCCAUCUAGCCCUUCUGCCUCCCUAAAUAUAGUAAAAUAUUACUUGUAUUCAAGUCUGCAGCUGCUGCCUUUGCCCCUGAUCUCCUUGCUUGGCUGACAUCUUCAGAAGUGAUUCUCUGAGACAAUCACAAUGCUUUCCCAUAGUAUUUUGGUUUAGACUCCAAGGAGGCAGAUCAGGGGCAGAACCAGCACAGGUCAAACACAGCCCUGUUAAAUCAGAAUCUCCUCAUAGAGAUACAUUGAAUCUAUGAGGGAAGUUUAGUGUCUCCAAGCAGAGGGUGGAGACAUUGAAUGGCAGUGCUCAGCCAUCUGAGGAGUGGCCAGUGGAGGUAUCACUAGGCUGUAAUGUAAACACUGCAUUUUCUCUGAAAAGACUGUGUUUACUGGAGAAAGCCUGAAGAUAAUGAUUCUACUCACCAGAACAAAUACAAUAAGCUGUGGUUGUUCUUGUGACUAUAGUGUCCCUUUAAUGAGCAAGGGGUUAAAACUUAAAUGGGGAGUUUUUUUAAUACUUCACAAUAGUGCAACGCCAGAAAUCAAUUCAUGUGUUCAGCUUUAAGUACAUAUAAUACCUGCCUGAAAGAUCUUAUUACAUGGCUAAAAUUCACACCUUCGCCUUAUAGGUAGUUGUUAAUAUAACUAGCUGUGAUCCAACUGCAUUGGUGAAAUGUCUGAAGGAGAAGACGGAAGAAGAACUGCUUGAAUUCAGUAUAGCUUUGGUAAGAUGCACCAUAUGCUCAUGUCUAGUGUUGCUUGACUCAUGGUAUACAAGUGUUUCUUCCUUUAAAUUAAAAUAUGAGCUUUUAAUAAUAUUAUUUCCAUUGCCCUUGUCUCCUGUUUAGAGUCUUGUUUUCAGUGGUUGUUACACUUCCUGUAAGACAUACCUUACCUGUAUACCUCUGUUUGGGGAGCACAUACUUGUUUCCCAUAACAGGUUAGAAGUCCCCAGCACUUUUUGUUGGCUUUAUGGUAUGCAAAAAAAAACAAAAAACUUAUAUGUUCUCUCUCUUUCUCCAUUCUCAGAUUUUCUGUCCAAAGCUGCUGCAAUAAAUCACUCUGGCUGUUUCUCUCCUAUCUGUGUUGCUGUUAGUGCUGCUCUCAGUUAGUGCUGCGUUGCUGUUAGUGCUCACGGAUUCCCCUGUUUUUUAGAGAGACACUCCAGGCAGCUAAACAUGUUAAGCUUAAAUUAAAACUAAUAAGCUGAACAAAUCUCUGGUUAGUUUCUUUUCUUUGAAUUCUGUGUAGUUUUCCUGCAGUGCUGUAAAAUGUUGCUGUUUUCAGCAGUGUAACACAGCCUUGCUAGCCACCUCCUUUCUCACAUUUCAAUAUGUUCUUAAUUCCCAGUCUCUGAAAGAAACUUAUCUUUUGCAGCCAAUUAAAAUAGACGCAAGUCUUAUCUAGUUUAAGGAUUGCUCACAGCACAGACUGCACUGCAGCUAGAGUCCAUAUCUGUUCCUCUCCUUCCCUCCUUUUAAUGCAAGUAAUAAAUUCUCCUCCAGCCCCUGUCAGCCAAUUUCUCUACCCACAGUUAACCCCAUCCCUAUCAGCCGACCUCACUAGCUAGUUAUUCCCUUCCCUGCCAGUCCCAGUCAGCCAACCUCACUACCCACAGUUAACCCCUUCCCUAUCAGCCAACCUCACUACCCACAGUUAACCCCUUCCCUAUCAGCCAACCUCACAACCCACAGUUAACCCCUUUCUUAUCAGCCAACCUCACUACCCACAGUUCACCCCAUUCCUAUCAGCAACCUUACUACCCACAGUUAACCCCUUCCCUACCAGCAGGGCCGUCUUUAAUUCUGAUUGGACCCUGGGCAAGCAUUAACUUGGGCCCCCUGACUACAUAUAGAUACACACAAAUACAAAACCUGACACACAUGCAGAUACACACUGACCGCAUAUAGAUACACACAAGAACAUACAGAUACACACAGACUACAUAUAGAACACUGACACACAGAUAGACACAAACACAGAUACACAACCUGACAAACAUGCAGAUACACAGAUACAAACACUGAUACAUGCAGAUACAAAGGUACAUACACUGACUACAUAUAGAUACACCGACACACACACUGACACACAUACAGACACACAGAUACACAACCUGACACACAUGCAGAUAUACAUAUACAAACACGGACACAUACAGAUACACACUGACUAUAUAUAGAUACACACACAAACACAAACGGACAACAUACAGAUACAAAGGCACAUUCUGACAGACGUACUGACACAGAGACACACACAGACAGCCAUACUGAAACACACAUACACACAGACAUACAGAACCAUAUGGACACUGACAGACUCACACAUAGACAUACUGACACACUGACAGACAUACAGACAUUAUGGCACACAUACACACAGACAGACAUACUGAAACACACAUACACACAGACACUGACAGACGUACACACAUACAGACAUUUUGACACUCACAGACAGCCAUACUGAAACACACAUACACACAGACACUGACCGACUCACACACACACAGACAUUCUGACACACUGACAGACAUACUGGCACAUAUACACACAGACGGACAUACUGAAACACACAUACACACAGACACUGACAGACAUAUUGACAAACACACACAUACAGAACCACACAUACACUGACAGACUCACACACACAGACAUACUGACACACUGACAGACAUACUGGCACACUGACAGACAGACAUACAUACAUACUCACACACACACACACACACACAGACACUCAUGCAAAAUUUGAUAACCACCCUCCAGUUUCUUACCUUUUCCUGGAGGGUGGCUUCCCUGGGGUCCAGUGGGCUGGCUGGGGUGGCUGGGAGUUAAGCUCUCCCGGCCUGGCCCCCUCCGGAACAGCUCCUUCCUCCCACGCGGCUCUUGUUUCUGUGGGAGGAAGUGACGCGCGGCUGUCACUUCCUCCCAGUUCUGCCGAAAAAGCAGGCUGACACAGGCCCACCGGGUGCCCUAAGUGCAUGGGCCACCCGAUGGGCCCCCAUAGUUUGUGGGCAGAGGGCAAAAGGAGCAGCUGUCUUGGGGCCCCGAGCUGGGACAGGGCCCGGGGCAGCUGCCCCGUUUGCCCUGCGUUAAAGACGGCCCUGCCUACCAGUCCCAGUCAGCCAACCUCACUAUGAGAGAGAUGGAUCGAUAUAUUGAUAGAUAGCUUUAUAGGUGUAUAUGAGUUUUUCUGUCUCUUUAUAUUUAUUUAUUUAUAAUAAACAUGUGUCACAAUAUGAUAUCUAAUACAAAUGAACCAUUACAGCAAGGCCUCCUAAUAGAGGUUUUAAUUAUCACAUUGUAAUAACUGUUAAACAAAGACCAGAGAAUGUUUAAUUUUUCUCUGAUUAACCGUGGCUCAAGGGGCAGUUGUACUCAUAGUAACUAAUAUCUCUCAUUUUUUUGUAUGUAAAUGCAACCAUUAAAUAGUAGGAAGGAUAUUUAGCAGUACGGUGAAUUUUGGACCAACUCUGAAAAAAUAAUGUAAUGGGAAGUGAAGUUAAAACCAAUAAUUACUUGCAGUUAUCAUACAGCCAUAUAAAGUGGUCAGAACAGAAAAUGCCUCUUUUUUUUUUAAUUCUCUUUUCUGUAUCUCAAUAGAAUUUGUUUGCCUUACCUGGAACAGUGGACGGGGUGUUUCUUCCCAAACCUGCCGAAGAGAUCUUGGCCAAUAAAGAGAGUAAUGAUGUUCCCUUAUUGAUUGGAGUCACUGAGCAGGAGUUUGGCUGGAUCCUUCCGAGCGUAAGGAAUAGUUAUAGCAAUAGAAUAUUGAUUUACCUUAUUAGGUAUGGUAUUAGGUAUUAGGUAUGGCAUGCGCUAUUUCAUACAAACACAGUGUAAUCUGGAAAUCUCAAUAUAGAUGCGGAAAACAUACAUUUUCACAGACUCACACAAGCUACAUCCAUUGAGAUUCACCAAAGCAGAUUCACUCAGAACCGAACAACAAAAUAGAUGCAAUGUUUGCAUUAAUAGAUUUUAGACUAGUAGAAUUUUGCAUUGCUUUGCAAGUUCCAAUCCAUAUUAGCAUGGAAGCAGUAAAAAAUAUUUAAUUGUUUCUGGUUUUUUUUUUGACAAGUCAAUUUUUAUGUUUGAGUUCCCCCAUCAAAUUCUUACAAUUAUUUUCCUUACUUAUCGGCAUUAAUAUCAUGUUUAGAAUAGAGUUAAAUUUUCUGCUGCCCAAUUCAAUUAAGAAUGUUUUUGUAAAAUUAUUAUCCUACACUCUGAUCAAUAAAACGUUUCUAUUUUCAUAAAAAAGGUGUGGAAUAUUAGUGGAUUGAGAGAAGGUAUGAACAGAACUACAGUUGAGUCGAUUCUGCAAGUUCUUCCUUAUUUGGUGAGAAUUUUAUCUUUACAUUAAACAGUGAUUAUAUAUGACAGAGAAGCAUGAUGUGUCAUUGUGUGUGUGUGUUUGUGUUCAGCUUAACAUAAAAUACAUUUUAGCUCAAGGAAAAUUUACGACGACAGGAAAACUUCAAGUAAUAUUUCAAAUGACACUAUAGUCACCAGAACAGCUUAAUGCCUUGCAUGGAGGGGCAGACAAUUCCUCAUAAAGAUGCAUUGAUUUCAUGCAUCUUUAUGAGCACAUGCUGAUUGGUGCAGCAUUGCCUUUUGCCAUACUUGCACAACAGACUUUCAGUGCUUUCUUAUGGUAAAGCAUUGGAUUGGCUGAAAUUGUCAAGUUUGAUGAUCUCAGCCAAGGAGGCAGAGCAGAGGAGGGCCUGGCUGCAAGAAGACCCGCACUGUGUUAGAAAAAGGUGAGUAAAAUCACCUUUUAUACUCCUGAUGGAGAGCCGGGGCCUUAAACAUCACUUUCAGCUAUAGUGAAAGUGAUGUUUGUAUACCCGUCAAUAUGGUGUGCCUUUAAUGCUUUAAAAUAUGUGAAAAAAUAAAGACGUUAAUUUCCACCCUUGCAAGUCCAUGAGAAUGAAAACUAGCACAGGAUACGAAACAUUAUAAUAAUUGAAAUCACAAAUGUAUAAUUCUACCUAGAAGAGGGCAGCAUUACAAUUUAAAAUAAAUAUAAAUGUCUUCUGCCUUUUUAUGUUUUUAUAUAUUUAGUAAGGUAAAACUACACCCUGUUCCAAAUUAUUAUGCAAAUUCUAUUUAAGUGUCACAAAUAUUAAAUAUUUUGUUUUUCAGUUUAAAUCUUGGAGGGCAUUGUGUCUCAGGGCUCUUUUGAUAACUGAAAACAAUCUCGGGCAACUGUGAUAAUUAGAUUGCCAGGUGAGCACAAUUUAAGGAAAAACUGUUAAAGGAGGGUUUUUCACAUUAUUAAGCAGAGCACCAUUUUUAUGCAAUAUAAGGAAGAAAAAGGAUCUCUCUGCUGCUGAAAAGAGUGAAAUAGUUAAAUGCCUUGGACGAGGUAUGAAAACAUUAGUUAUUUCACGGAAACUUAAGCAUGAUCACCUCACUAUUAAGAGAUUUGUGGAUGAUUCAGAGCACAGACGGGUUCCUGCAAAUAAAAGCACAUUGAGGAAGAUUUCUGCCAGAUCCAUGCAUCGGAUCAAGAGAGCAGCUGCUAAAAUACCAUUACAUAGCAGCAAAUAGAUAUUUGAAGCUGCUGGUGCCUCUGGAGUCCCAUGGACAUCAAGGUGUAGAGUCCUCCAGAGUCUUGCAACUGUGCAUAAACCUUCUAUUCGGCCACCAGUAACCAAUGCUCACAAGCAGAAACGGCUGCAUUGGGCAGAAAAAUACAUGAAGACUAAUUUUCAAACAGGACUGUUCACUGAUGAGUGCCGUGCAACCCUGGAUGGUCCAGAUGGAUGGAGUAGUGGAUGGUUGGUGGACAGCCACCCUGUUCCAACAAGGCUGCGACGUCAGCAAGGCGGUGGUGAAAUCAUGUUUUCGGCCGGAAUCAUGGGAAGAGAGCUGGUCAGCCCAUUUAGGGUCCCUGAAGGUGUAAAGAUGACCUCUGCAAAGUAUGUGGAGUUUCUGACUGACCCUGGUACAGAAGGAAGAACUAUGCUUGCCGUAAUAAAAUCAUCUUCAUGCAUGACAAUGCACCAUCUCAUGCUGUAAAGAAUACCUCUGCAACAAUGGCUGCUAUGGGGAUAAAAGGAGAGAAAGGCAUGGUGUGGUCUCCAUUCUCCCCAUACCUCAAUCCUAUUGAGAACCUUUGGAGCAUCCUCAAGCAAAAGAUCUAUGAGGGUGGGAGGCAGUUAACAUCCAAACAGCAGCUCUGGGAGGCUAUUCUGAUAUCUUGCAAACAAAUUCAAGCAGAAAAUAUCCAAAAACAAGUUCAAUGGAUGCAAGACUUGUGAAGCUGCUAUCAAAUAAGGGGUCCUAUGUUAAAAUGUAACGUGACCUGUUAAAAUGUUUAAAAAGUUAUAAGUUGUUAUAAGUUUGAUUGAAAUAGCUUUUGAUUUCAGUAAAUAUGCUGCAAACACAACAAAUGACAAUUUUCAGUUCUUUACAAGCUAUAAAGUGUUUUGAAACUUAAGGUGCGUAAUCAUUUGAAACAGUGCAUUGUAAGUUUUUUAUGUCUUAAAAAAAAUACUGUUAUCAUUAGGAGGUUUGUUCAAUACAUUUUGAAUUGUACUCUUAAUAGUUGAAAACAUGAGAAUUAUGCUGACUGUUAUUUACAUCAAUUAUUUAGGUAAAUGAGAAAAAUAAUUUUCAUAAUAAUUUGGAACAGGGUGUUUAUUUAUGUCUCGUAACUAAAUAUGUCUCGUCUCAAAAAAACCCAGUAUUUAUCAGAAAGCUUUAUAUUUUGUAAAUGACUCCCCUAUUAAAUAUUCAGAAUAGCGCUCCGGGUGUACUUUCUUUGGUAAUGGAUGAAUAUAUUGGGGACACUAGUGACCUUCUCGAAAUCCGCAACCGAUUUCUGGAUUUAUGUGGAGACGCCGUGUUUGUCAUGCCAGCCCUAAGGACGGCUAAAUAUCACAGAGGUACGUGAAUCGGACCUGGAUAUUAAUUUUGUUUCUGCAGUAUAUGAUUAACAUCCUUACGUCAUUCUCUGGUAAUUGCUGAUUUUUAAAUAUACCGAUGAAACGGACACUGUGUAAAUGAACAAUAAUUGUUCUUUUAUUGCUAGAUUCUGGUUUUCCUGUCUAUUUCUACGAAUUCCAGCACCGUCCAUCAGUGUUUAAAGAUUCAAAGCCAGAUUUUGUUACAGCAGAUCAUGGAGAUGAACUUCUGUUUGUCAUUGGAAGCCCAUUCUUGUCUGAUAUGGAUCUAUUAAGUGGUAAGUCAAAGCCCCUAUGUACUGGUUUGGCUCUGUCUCUGUUCCUCCCCAGCCAACAUCAUCUGGUUGGGGAGAUCUAAUCUGCAUGAUACAUUACAAGGUACUCGCAUUCGUACAUCCCCAUAUGGGAUGAAUAAUGCUUUCCUAUGGGGUUUCGGGUGACACUGGAUGUCCUCAUGCAUAGUGUGAGGACAUCUAGCGUCAGUUAGGCAACCAAAAGUCACUUAACGACCCGGAAGUCCCACUAGUGGCGGACUGAUAAACAGCCACUAGAGGUGGAGUUAGCCCCAGCAGGUACAUAUUGCCGUUUAUUAAAAACUGCAAUAAUUACCACUGUGGUUUAAGGGACCUGGGACACUGCACCCACACCACUUCAAUGAGCUGAAGUGGUCUGGGUGCCUAUAAUGUCACUUUAAAGUGACACUGUGGCACUUCAUCUCAUUGAAGUUGGGAUAGUUUCUGGAGUCAUCCUUUCAUUCAGCGUUAAACCAUUUUUUUAUGUUUUAAUGCUAAACAAGAGGCCCCAACCACUCAUCACCUCUCUGCUGUUUGGACUAAUGAGUUGUAUUAGGUGCUGAGAGUUGUAGCUGAUCGCUUUCAGCCUACCAUAGCGCCCAAUGUUGGUAUGGCUAAAAGGACGCGUGUAAUCUUAACAUUACCCAUUCCUCCAGUAGGGGCCAGGCUGUGAAUAGCCAGUGUUAAACUGCUCAAAGAUGUUUUACACUGAAUGGAGGGACUAUAAUUAAUUUAUUGAGAUGAAAUGUUUUUAGGGAUACUAUAUAUGAGAAAACAAGGGUCUGGCUGCACUCACCUAAGCAUGCAUAAAUAGGGUGCUGCUGGGAGCCAAUAAGUACAAUAAAAAUGAAAAUCCAGCGCACUCCCUUAUCCAAUAAACAGCAAUUCUGAUGCUGACAGAUUUUAUUAUUUUUUUUAAAAACACCCAAUCUAGGCAAAAAAAUAAUAACCCCUCCCUGUCACAGGUGCCUCACCCCAGGGCCCUAUUUAGCCUUGUACUGCAGAGAACUCGAGGUGGAAUUUUCCCCCAAGUAAGUAGCUCAUUUAGCAGACAUUUGGCUGUUAGAGUAGGACCUGCUAAAGAUGGGGUACAUUGACGUUGUGGCAGGCUUAUGCAAUGUAUGAUCAUAUAAUGUAACUAAACCCCCAUUAUUUUUCACCUAGAUUAGGUGUUUUUAAAAAACUAAUAAAAUCUGUCAGAAUUAGAGUUGCUGUUUAGUGGAUAAGGGAGUGCGCUGGAUUUUCAUUUUUAUUAAAGGGAUACUAUAGUCAUGUUAGAUCCCUGAGCUCACAUCAACUUUAGCUUAAUGAAGUAGUUUUGGUGUAUAUAUCGUACCCCUUUAGUCUCACUGCUUAAUUCUCUGUUGUUUAGGAGUUAUAUCACUUUUGUUUCUGUCCAUGCAGUCCAAGCCACACUUGUGACCUCACCAGCCUGCAUAAAAAAAUUGUUUAAUUUUCAAUCAGAUGUUGACCUGCAUUAGAUUUUUUUUUAUGUCCUGCUCUGUAAAUUGAACUUUUAAAAAAAAAAAAUUCUUUAUUUUUUUAAAAUUCUUUAUUUUUGCAGUGCAAAAUAUACAAUACAAGCUGUCAGGAGGUGCCCCAAAAGCAGUCCUCUGGCUUUUCCCAUGCUUAACAUGCGGGGCACAUGAAUAACAGGCAUAAUUUUUUGUUGUAAUCAGGCUUAAACAGUUAGAUUUAAACAGUUAGAUUUAAACGGUGAAAAACUAUGCUAUGAACAAUCUGAUGAAUGUAAUUAUGAAUGAUUAGUUAUAGAACAAUAUCCUUACUAUAAAUAUACACGCUUAAGUCGGUAGUUGGGCGGUCCAUCAUAUCUGUGCACUCAAACUCACACACAAGACUUAUUACUAACAUAGUGCUUAUAUCGCUGCCUCAGUGGGUAGGGUGUGUGUGAGGCUGAAGGGACGUGUAUUCCCAUGGGAAUGAAACUCUAGGUGCAGCUAGUAUUGUGGUAGCCUGUAUGCAUGUGUUAAAAAUAACGUGAAAUCAAGCAUAAACAGUCGGUCACCAACAGUCACUGGUCGAGUCAGUGUGAGGUAUAUUGCAACCCACUCAACGUUGUUGGCAAGUGUCCCGGUCAGCCAGCACCUGUCAUAGGCAGUACCCAGUCCCGCUUAGGUGCCCAUGUGGGUUCCGGUCUCAGUCGCUGCUUGUGCUUGUGAUGUGCCCUGUUUCGUAGCUGUGCGUCUUUGUUGGUCUGACCUGCUGCUUCCGCCAUUUUGGGCCCUGUUUUUCACCACUUCCUCAUCCGACCCAGGGUAGCUGUGUUCUCGCCUGAACUUUUGCUGGGCGCUGCUUGGCGGUGAAGGGGGCUGGGGUGCUCUGUUUUCCCAUGGGUCGGUUGUGGGUCGCCGCUGCUGGGGCUCCCGCAGUGUUUUCUCAAGAUGGCGCCCCUGCUGCGUCUGACCUUCUGACUCUUGGUGCUUGUGGGUGUGCUUGUUUCCCGCCGUGCGGCCAUCCGUUCAGCAUUGUGAAUAUUGUCUUUUGGCUGGGUCGCCAGGUGUGGAGGGACAUUGCACCCAGACCACUUCAUUGAGCUGAAGUGGUCUGGGUGACUAUAGUGUCCCUUUAAACUGGGAGACAAGGUAAUGUUACCUUAUCUCCCAGUUUAAUAAUCCUAAUCAUCAUAUGUAAUUAUGUAUCAAAAUUGGCUAAACUACUGUUGUCAAAUAUCUGUGUGCAAUGGAAAAAAUAUUAUAUAUACAAAUGUGGAUAAAAAAAAUAUUAAAAUGGAUAAAAUUUAUAUAAAGCUCUUCGUAUAGGAACAUGUAUUGGUCCUUUAUCUAUACUCAAUAAAGAUACAAAAAAUAAGUAGAAAAGUGAAGCACUAUAAAAUUGCAUAAUGUAUGUAGAAACAUAUUGUGAAACAAGUGUUUUUUUCAUGCAAUGUCUCAAUUAAAAAGUUGUAUCACUUAUAUAAUGUCGCAAUAUAAAACCCUAUAACGAUAUUUCUGUAGUUUCCCUCAUUUCCAGAAAUACAUCUCUUUCAGUAAUUCAUCUUCAUCUUUGAGUUUCUAUAUUCAUGUUACAUUGUGUCCACAUACAGUAAGUCUAUCUGCUUCCUCCCAAAGGUGAUAUGACAGACGAAGAAAAGACCCUCAGUAAAAAUGUCAUGAAAUAUUGGGCCAACUUUGCUCGAAAUGGGUAAGACCAGUGUUGAGUACUCGAUUUAAAGACUAUAAUGUUUAUAAAGCACUGAGCUUCUCACAGAAGGAACACAUUUAUGCAAAGAACAAUUUGAAGGAAUUCAUGUGAGGCAUCUGAAGGGGCUGAGGCAGAAUUUCAUAGGUAGUUAGUAUUCUGUCCUGAACUGACACCUAUUCACGUCAAUGCAAAUGUCGCAGAAAGAGGCCCACAAAUAGUUCGAAAUUUCUCACCAGGACAUUCCGUGUUGAAGCUAUUCAUUGCAAGUAAAUGUUUCAGCCAUCUGAUGGUUCAGGCACCUCGCAGCAAAUUGUCAAAUAGAUGAUAAAAGCCAUAGGAGUCCCCCAGAUCCUGUAUAAACCAAUCAGAUAGAUAAGAUCCCUCUUGUUCCUUCUUAGGAGAUGUGGUUGGCAGAAUUUUAUAAUAAAUCUGGUGGGCUGCCUUUGCUCUCCAUGUGACAUCCACUGGCUGUGGGGUUGCAAGUUUAAAAAUAGGAGACAACAAGACCUUAUGGCUACAGGGAACUUGCCCAGUGUUGCCCCCUUUCAUUCAGUCACCCAUGUUCAGCAAGUGAGGGGUGGUUAAUGUAGUGGGUGUGUAGUUUACCCCAUUUCAUUUAUUAAUGGGAGACCAGAAGUCAGAAAGCAAAUAUAGAAGGCAAAUAUUAGCUGAUGCUCCAUAACUAAAAUCCCCACUAGCAAUGCAUCAAAGGAUAUAUCUGGCCCUCUCUUUUGGCCUGUUAUGAAAUCCAAAUAUGAGGUGUGUAAUCACUAUCAACCAAUGCCCACUACUUACUCUUGAUUUAUAAACCUGCAGUGAUCCAAAUGGACCAGGUCUGGCCAAGUGGCCUAAAUAUGAUGAAGAUGAAUAUUAUCUGGAAAUUAACCUUGAACAAAAAGCAUCCAGGAAGCUAAAACAUGGAAGAUAUGAGUUUUGGACAAAGACACUUCCUGAGAAAAUCCAACAAUUAUCAGCAGGAGAUCGUACAGAGUUAUAA